GUGGUGGGGGAAAAUAACACGGAACUCGAAACUGUAGAACACAAGACGCCAUUUUGGUUUCAAAAAGAACGCUUCUGCGACUAGCCAAAAGCCCAUGUUAGACCCACAAUGGAGUCAGUUUCCUAUCCGAACAGCUUGCUGCUCGGCAGGUGACAAAACAAGCUCCUCCCCAGCUCCGUCAAAGGAGACGAACCUGUACAAAAAGAUAAAAGGAUAUAAACGAACAGGAUGGACACUUCAAAACUCCCCAAAGUCCAGGAUGAAGAGCGAGAAAGCCAGUUUGGAUAUGUGCAUGGAGUUUCAGGACCAGUGGUAACAGCAACUGCCAUGGCUGGAGCUGCCAUGUACGAGCUGGUUCGGGUCGGACACAGUGAGCUGGUGGGAGAAAUCAUCCGUUUAGAAGGCGACAUGGCAACCAUCCAGGUCUACGAGGAGACUUCUGGUGUGUCUGUCGGCGACCCUGUCCUUCGGACCGGGAAACCCCUCUCAGUGGAGCUGGGUCCAGGUAUCAUGGGAUCCAUCUUUGAUGGGAUCCAGCGUCCGCUCAAAGACAUUAACGACCUCACCCAAAGUAUCUACAUUCCAAGAGGCGUAAACAUUGGAUCUCUGAACAGAGACCUCAAAUGGGAGUUUUCUCCCGGUCAGAACCUGCGGGUUGGGAGUCACAUUACAGGUGGAGACGUAUACGGCUCAGUAUUUGAGAACUCCUUGAUCAAGCACAAGCUGAUGCUCCCGCCCCGCAACCGAGGCACAGUCACGUACUUGGCCCCACCAGGGAACUACGACCUUUCUGAUGUAGUUUUGGAGCUCGAAUUUGAAGGCAUUAAGGAGAAGUUCACCAUGGUGCAAGUGUGGCCAGUACGGCAAGUGCGGCCAGUAACGGAAAAGCUACCCGCCAAUCAUCCUCUGUUGACUGGGCAGAGGGUCCUCGAUGCGCUCUUCCCAUGUGUUCAGGGUGGCACCACAGCGAUACCUGGAGCCUUCGGAUGUGGAAAGACCGUGAUCUCACAGUCGCUGUCGAAGUACUCGAACAGUGAUGUCAUCAUCUAUGUCGGCUGUGGAGAGCGUGGCAACGAAAUGUCUGAAGUUCUGCGGGAUUUCCCUGAGCUUACAAUGGAAGUCGAUGGUAAAGUGGAGAGCAUUAUGAAGAGAACGGCUCUGGUAGCAAACACAUCCAACAUGCCUGUGGCUGCAAGAGAAGCCUCCAUUUAUACAGGGAUCACUCUGUCUGAAUACUUCCGAGAUAUGGGCUACAACGUGAGCAUGAUGGCCGACUCAACCUCUCGAUGGGCCGAAGCUCUGAGAGAAAUCUCUGGACGACUGGCUGAAAUGCCCGCUGACAGCGGGUAUCCAGCUUACUUGGGCGCCAGACUGGCCUCGUUUUACGAGCGCGCCGGCCGCGUAAAAUGUCUAGGAAAUCCUGAGCGGGAGGGCAGUGUCAGCAUUGUCGGAGCUGUGUCGCCCCCUGGUGGAGACUUUUCAGAUCCUGUGACUUCAGCCACAUUGGGAAUUGUCCAGGUUUUCUGGGGAUUGGACAAGAAGCUGGCUCAGAGGAAGCACUUCCCCUCCGUCAACUGGCUCAUCAGCUACAGCAAAUACACCCGCGCUCUGGAUGAGUACUACGACAAGCAUUUCCCAGAGUUUGUCCCGCUCCGAACCAAAGCCAAGGAGAUUCUUCAGGAAGAGGAAGACCUGGCUGAAAUUGUGCAGCUUGUAGGGAAGGCUUCUCUUGCUGAAACGGAUAAAAUUACUCUGGAAGUCGCUAAGCUCAUUAAAGAUGACUUCCUGCAGCAGAAUGGUUACACCCCGUAUGACCGGUUCUGCCCCUUCUACAAAACCGUUGGCAUCCUCUCAAACAUGAUUUCAUUCUACGACAUGGCUAGACACGCCGUGGAGUCCACAGCCCAGAGUGACAACAAGAUCACCUGGGCUAUGAUCAGGGAACACAUGGGAGAGAUCCUGUACAAAAUCAGCUCCAUGAAGUUCAAGGACCCUGUCAAAGACGGUGAAGCAAAGAUUAAAGCUGACUUUGCUCAGCUGCUGGAGGAUAUGCAGAACUCCUUCCGGAGCUUGGAGGAAUGAUCCGGAAUGCUCUCUGUAGAACCCUGGUGCUGCGUUUAAGUGCAGAUUAUUGACCCUGCGUUCUGAAUUUCAGUCUUUGUCAUCAGAACUCCUGCAUUCCUCUGUUUGCAUACAUUCUUCAACCCUCACAGAUUAGUUUGUUGGUUGGUUUGUUCAUUUUUGACAUCUUUACUUUUGAAAACAACACAACAGCUUGUUUCAUUUAAAGCCUCAGAACAACACGUUGAUUGUGCUGUGAGCCCAAUCAAGGCCUGCACUCAAACUUAACCCUGAAAAGCUGCAAGGAGUGAAAAAUGAUGUUUAAAUGCACUGAGACGAGACUGUGAUCAGUGCAGGUUAUUAAAAAGGGACAUUAACUGUGGAGAUGAAGGCAUUCCUCAAACUCUUACCUCUAGUGCAAAGAUGAUCAUGUGGACUUGAUUGAAGAUAUCAAAUGUUGUAAUCUUUUAGUCUGUGUUUUAAAGUCUUAUUAUAUUCCCUCUUUCUGUAAAUAAAAACAAUGAACUGAUUAAACUGUGUCAAAUUCUAA